CAUAAUCACCCAAAAAUCCUUCCCACAUCAUUUCCCUCCUCACAAUAAUAUUAUUCUCCUCCAAUACAUCAUCCCCUCAAACCUCAUCUUCAUCUUCAUUCUUGAACAAGUUCACCACUAUGGCCUCCACCUUGUUAUCUGCACCAACUUUCCAAGGUCUAAGGCCACUUAACAAGCCCACCAAGCCCACCUUGACCAUAUCCCCAAAGAGAAACUUCAACUGCAAGAUCAUCAAGUCAGAGCUCAACACUUCUUUGGUGAUCAGUUUGAGCACCGGUUUAUCGCUCUUUUUGGGACGGUUUGUGUUUUUUAAUUUUCAAAGGGAGAAUGUGGCUAAGCAAGGAUUGCCUGAGCAAAAUGGUGUCACUCAUUUUGAGGCUGGAGAUACAAGGGCUAAGGAGUAUGUUAGUCUUUUGAAGUCGAAUGAUCCGGUCGGGUUUAAUAUUGUUGAUGUUCUUGCAUGGGGUUCCAUUGGACAUAUUGUGGCUUACUAUAUUUUGGCUACCUCUAGCAAUGGUUAUGAUCCUAACUUUUUUAAUUAAGUUUGGUUAUGUGGUUUUGGAUUUGAUGUAUAUUGGACCAUAUAUAUGUUUUUGACAUUAUGUGUUUAUGGUUAUGAAAUAUAUCUUAUAUGAUUUCUAAUGAGAUUUGCCAAUA